GCCACCAAAAAGUGCAGGCUUGCCCGGGCGCAUUCCGUGAUCGUCACACAGGUCCGUUAUCCGCUCCGGCGAAAAGUGAUCUCCGGCGGCGAGGCGCCGCACCGGGGAUGGGCCAGGAUGUGGUCGCCCACGUCUACGACGUCGCCAACGCCGGCUCCGACACCACCGUGCUCCACAUCAACCGCUUCUUCAAGGACGCCAUCGGCCUCGGUGGCAUCUUCCACACCGCAAUCCAGGUCUACGGGGAUGAAGAAUGGUCGUUUGGCUACUGCGAACGUGGCACUGGGGUUUUUAGCUGCCCCCCAUGCAAAAAUCCUAUGUACACUUAUCGCGAGUCCAUAGUUCUGGGGAAGACAAACUGCUGUAUUCUGAAAGUGAAUCAGAUACUAAGGGAACUGAGCUGGGAGUGGCCUGGACAGUCAUAUGAACUCCUGUCGAGAAAUUGCAAUCACUUCUGUAAUACCUUGUGUGAAAAGCUUGAAGUGCCGAAACUUCCAGGUUGGAUCAAUCGCUUUGCAAAUGCGGGUGAUGCUGCUCUAGAGGUUGCUGAAACUACAGCGGUGAAGCUGAAACAAGCAAAAAAGGAAAUCGUGACUGCAUGCAAAGUGGCCUCAGCAUUUCUGACUGGCACAUCGUCAAGCAGCUCAUCGAAUGCGGAGGAUACGGGUGGGUCAACCUCAACAAGAAAUCCACUUUUUGAGGGGACAUGGAUCAGAAGUAUCGUCGGUAUGAGUAUGAAGCCAUCAAAGAGUCUAGCCAGUGUAGAUAGUUCAGAUAGCGAAUGCUCUGAUUGUGAAUCAGAACCAGAUGACAAUGCUGACCGACAAGUUAAAGAUGCAACACAGGAGCAGGACAUGAAAAGUGAGAAUAAUGGACCACGGGAUCAUUCAUGAAGCUCGCACCAUUACAUGCAGAGAGAGGAGCAACCUCUACAUACUGCCGUUUUUCCGAUAAACAUAUUACACAGAGAGCAAUCUACAGAGGAAACUAACUUAACAAUUUGCCACAUUCAUUUCUGAUCGAGAACCUGGAGCUGUGAAAAGGUCCUGAGAAGCGCAGAUGCGAUGGAGUGCACCACAAUAUGCGCUAUCUUGAGCUUAAUCUGUCCACGCCGUGGCAGCGGGCGAACUCUCCUUUGCCUCUCAGCCCUGUAAACUGUGAUGAGAUGAGCGGCGCUUCCUUUCUCGGCCAUCUUGUUGAAGUGAAUGAGGUGCUUUUUUGCUGGAGAGUUUGAAGCAAAUAGUGUAGCGUGAGAUAUUAGAGAGCUUGGUUGCACUAUGCUUGAUCUUUGUUCCUGUGAUCUAUUUAUAGACCUCGAGGAGUUUAUAUCUGAAUACAAGACAUGACAGCUGAAUUCUUUGUUUGUGUGUAGCAUCAACAGAAUGCUGUUCCUUAUAAUAAUCUUGCAGUGUCUGUAGGUAUGAUAAAACUCUGCCGGUAUGUAUGUAUGUUUGAGUCAUGAUUGUGCUGUUUGUCUGUGUAUGUGAGAAUCUGCAAAUC